UUGAUCUCCACUCCCCGCACAUCACAAAAACAGUCGAUAGUGAACAUAAGAGGGGAUUUAACUCGGACAAAUAGUAUCCGUUGAUUGCUGGGGAUGGUAGUUGUUUGUCCGUGUGGACUGCUGGUUUUCUUCAAUAACGACGUUUAAAUGGAACAGUGGGAACGUAGGGAACCUGUAAUGUCGGCACUGUUGGGCUUGUUUUCCCUGCGUGAGUUCGCUUCCUGUUAGCCUUCAACUAGCUGUAAAAUUAAUUAUAUUAUGUUCACGAACCAACUGCGUUGCGAGUGCAACUUAUCGAUUGUCAGUUCAGCUGUGGUUAAAUAGCGAUUUUUUUUCUAAUAAUUUUGUCUGAGCUAUGAGGAGAAGUGGUUUUAUUUAACUUUGCUAACUCGACAGCUAGCAUUUUGCUUCUGUUAGCAUUAACUUGGCUAGCUCAGAGCUAGCUCCGUUUACUUAUGUGUAGUUUGUUUAAAAUACGUACAUAUGUGUGAUAUUGGGAGUUAAAUUAUGUGCAGUUAAUGUUUAUAGGAGUACUUUAUCGGGCCGUGGUAUAGCUUUCGAAACGACAAUGGGGAUGUUUUACUCUUGUUCGUCCACCGAUAGUUUUAUUUAAGAUACUCUAUUUGUUUUUGUUAACGAGCUGAUUUCUUUGAUAUAAAAGUACACGGAGGCUGAACUUGGAACCUUUUCCACAUCUCUCAUAUACAGAAGCGCUUUAAAAUGGCUCAUAAAUACUCUCAGUAGCUGUUCUGUAUUAUCUGGGCGGGUGGAGACGCUGUUGAGGGAGGUUCUGCCCGAACCUGAGCGUCCAUCGACCGCCGCCCUUCCAGCCAUGGACACCCCGAGGACUCGAUCGAGGUCUCGGUCUGGUUUCUAUCACUUCAGCCUGAACGGUCCGGCGGGGACUAACGGCAGUGGUAACGCAGUCGGUAACGGGAACGUGAUGAACGCCAGCGGUGGAGGCGGAGUGAGCUACCCGACGCAGAGCAAUCCCGGGUGGGCGCCACACCACGGCGGCCGGAGCUACUCUGAGAGCCUGCAGCAGCAGCAGCCACAGCCGACGCAGGGGAGCUACCUGAUCGCAGGGGCGCAGCGCCACUCUGCGCACGGAGCUCACAGACACCCCGCGGCCGGAGCUGUGCCACACUUUAACCUUGAUAAUGUUUGCAGUGAGGAUCUGGACAAAAUGGAAGACAGCCCAAGCCCAAAAAGGCAGUGUCUUUCACAGCAGUCAGUGUUGGAACUUGGUUCUGCCCCUCCCUCCACUCCUUCCUCUCCUAUUCGGCCCUGGGAACUGCCUCCCAGUCGCAGACCCCACCCCCACUACAUGCCAGAGAGAUGUCACACACCUGUUCGCAAUCGUCGAAGUCCUCCAUUGAGGCGCCAGCGUGGCUGGAGAGACCGUUUAACUCGUCACCACCACUACAACAGCAACCAUCAUCCCAGCAGCCAUCACCACCACCUACACUCCCACCACGGCCCAUCACCAGGCCAUCAGGAUGAAAACUACCGUCACCAAGCCCCACCUCAGGCCUACACAGCAUACAGCCAGCAACCUCCCCGAGGACCAGGCCCUGAAGAGCGUGCAGGCCACCAUCCACCAAAUCCAUCCCCCAGGCUCCUACAUCAGUCACCAAACCUUUCUCCUCGGUUGUUGCAUCCUGCCGGCCACUCACAGCACCCCCAUCCAUCCCAGCAACAGAGCAGUGUGGUGCUUGACCUCCACGAGCAGGGUUCGGCUCCUGUGUCAUAUCCUGUAUCCCCUCCGGGAUGCCCACCUGGCUUGCCACCUCGCUCUGCCCCUCAGCAGAUCCCUACCUGCUCAGUGGUUUUCAGUGGACAGCACUAUCCCGUCUGCAGCGUCCCUCCUGUUUUGCAGACCUGUUCUGUACAGCACUUACCUAUGACUUACCCAUUCCCUUCAUUGCUGUCCAGCGACCCGUCCUUCUUGCUUCCUCCUCCACAUAUUCCUCACCCACCCACCCACAUUUCCCACCACACACCUCAUCUGCCCCAGCCUGGACAGUUUGGACCAUACUCAACACAGCAGGCUCGGUCGCCGCUGCAGAGGAUAGAGAAUGAUGUGGAGCUGCUUGGAGAGCACCUGUCUUUGGGUGCAGGACUCCAUUACAGCCCUGCUACACACCCUGCCCUCACCCCUCAUUCCACUCAGCUGCACUUCCUUUCCCAUGACCCCCUGCCACAGGAGUUUUUUGGGGUGUCUUAUCCCAACUUCAUUCCUCGGCGUAUACCUGGGCGACGGUACCGCUCACAGCAGCCACUGCCACCUUCGCCUUACCACCCUAGUCUUCUGCCUUACUUCCUGUCAAUGCUGCCAGUCCAGCCAACAGGUCCUACAAUCAGUCUAGAACUGGAUGUAGAUGAUGGAGAAGUUGAAAAUUAUGAGGCCCUCCUAAAUCUUGCAGAGCGCCUGGGGGAAGCCAAGCUACGUGGACUGACCAAGGGAGACAUUGAACAACUUCCUUCUUAUCGGUUCAACCCGAAUAACCAUCAGUCUGAACAAACACUGUGUGUGGUGUGUAUGAGUGACUUUGAGUCCCGGCAGCUGCUGCGAGUCCUUCCCUGCAGCCAUGAGUUCCAUGGGAAGUGUGUAGACAAAUGGCUCAGAGCUAACAGGACCUGCCCCAUUUGUCGGGCUGAUGCCUCAGAGGUCCAUCGAGACUCGGAGUGACCAUUUAGGGGACACCAGUCACAUUCAGCACUGCCUGAUCCCAAUUGAAUGAAGCACAUAAUGUGUACUCACUCACUCACUCAUUCACUCACUAUUCCCUAAACUGUUCAUGCAGUACCUUCAGCUCUCUUUUGUCAUUUUUGUUUGUUCUGUCUGAAUUUGGUAACUCCAGUCACCCCCCCCCCCCAUGUUUGAUCUAAUUUUUGUGGGACACUGUCUCUUGUCCUGUUUUCCACAGACAUAAGUUUUGGUAGUUGAUAGCCUGCCUGACCCAUUCUGCAUAGGUGGUUGUGUGUGUACAUGUGCACGCACUGCAAGUUUUUGUUCAUUUCAAGCCAGUGGUACAUCUUUGAGGUUUAUUAAAGCCUGCAUGAUUUUCUGUUAUGACAUAGACAAGAUUGACACCUGAGGUCCCCCCAAGAUGACUGACUUACUGUUUGUACAGUGAUGCACUGUCUGUCUAUAAGCACACAGUGUGUAUGUGCAUUAGAUUCUUUAAAAUAGUUUUCUCUAGGUUGAUACUCUAUUAUGUGUGUUCAUCUUAUUUUGCUGGUUAUUAUUUGAACAUUGUGAUUUCUUGUCAGGUACCUCAUCAUUCCAAUUGCAAAAAUUUGACAGCACUACUUUGAUACUAAGCACAUUAUUUUAUACCCCAAUCAAAACAGGUUUGUGUUCAAAUUUGCUGUGACACGUUACAUAUCUCUAUAUAUAUAUAAUGUGUAACUUUAUGAAAUCUGCAUACCAAAUACAAGGCUUGAUUAUGAACAUUUUGAAAUGAACCAUUGUGUACAUUUUUGUACACCCACAACAAAUGGACAAUUGGACUGACAGUUGUCAUUUGUUAAAAUUUGAAGUGGUGUUACUAAAUGUCACAUUGCAGGCUUUCUUCAUGAGUUAUAUUUUUGAAUUUUGUUUUCUCUCCAAUUGUUGAGGUGAGUUUCCUCAGGCAGCCACUAGGCUGCAUCACUGCGCUUCCUGACCAUCAUCAUCACUCCAGAGGUGUUCAAGUUACAUCACUUGUGUUCUAAUGUUUUAUGUUUUACUAAUAUAUACAUAUAUGUAUGUAAUAAGCACCUUUUUCAUUGUAGAAUGUUACCAGCAUUCAUUAAACAGAACAUGAACAGAACCACCUUGUCA